UGCAGAUACCCGAAGAAAUGUUUCUGGUAGGAAUGCAUCUAGGUUGAUUGGGGCUGCAACUAGAAUUUUGGAACCGGGGUUGCAAAAGAAUAGGGCGAAAUGUGCUCUCACUUAUCCUAGAUAUUUUUCUCCCUUAGAGGAUAAAGCAGAUUUUGCACCACACCAUUCGGAAUGCCCUAAUUCCUAUGUGGAUUCAAAGACUUUGAAAGGAGCAUCUGUGCCUUCAUGUAAAAAUUGUGGUUAUUUGCUUCAUAGUAAGAAUGGUACACCAAAUGUGGAUGAACACCAACACCCAUCAUCUGUUUCGUCACCUGUUUCCAGUUACUCUGAACCUUCUUGUCAAGGUCCAGGAAUAAAUAUGCCAAGGUUGCCCAUUUUUGGCAGCAGGAAUCAACAAGAGAGAGAAAUAGAUGAUGUAUCAUACUGUGCAGAACUCAUAUUGGGCAAGAGACCUAUAAGCAGAAGUCAAAUAGAGAUGCAUGGCACCCGCAAAGGGAGCAAUGUGAAGAAGGAUGUAUCAUCUGUCACUCAUGUGCAUAAGCAGAAGCAAAGUCAAACAUCUCAGUAUAGAGAGAGAGGUCUUAUGAAGUCUAAGCCAAGUAGUCUGCAGAGCAACAAAGUUUUAGCAGUUACAGAAUCUACGAAUAAUACCAAAAAUUUUGUUGCACAGAACAGAAGGUUAGGUGCAUCCAGCUGCAAGUUUGAAACUGAAAGAAAACCUUAUUCAAGGAGAAGUGAUUGCCUCUCUCCGGUGCGGAAGAAGAGAUUGAUGAAUGUCUCUAGACAAGGUGAGAGUUCUGUGGGAAGAGAAUCAAGACCUUGUUCAGACAAAACAAGUAGAAAAGAUGUUGUUUUUCCGAUUUCCUCUGUUGAUAAGCACUCCACUAAACCAAAGCUGCCAUGUUUGCGAGAAAGUGGCACAAUCAAUGAUAGUUCUGAGGGAAGUAAUGUUGUUUCAUUUACAUUUAAAUCUGCGAUGAAGCAGAAGGCUGGCAUUCAUGGAGAAGUCACAAAAAGGAAGUCUCAACAUAGCUCAAGUUUUGAUGCUACUACAGGGAGAUCCUUCUUUAAAGGAAAUGAUGAAACAGCAUGCUUGCAGAAAUCCUUUCCUUUGAAAGGGGACAUUUUAGGAGCACUUUUGGAGCAAAAGCUAAAGGAAUUGACUAGUGAAGAAGAGUUCGCAGAAGGGGGUGCUGCACCUAGAAAAAGCACUGCAACAAUCCUUCAGGAGCUAAUAACUGCUUUGAAUGCAGAGAGACAAUUUCAUCUGGAUAGUUUGCCUCUUAGACCUAGCAGAAAAGAAGAAUUGUGUGGUGAUGGUGAUGUGUCUUCUAGAAAUACUUGCAUGAAUUUCCAGGGUCAUCUGUGCAUGUUCUAGGGUGAGCUAUCGGGCAGCCCGGUGCACAAAGCAGUUCCGGGGAAGGGCCGCACCCCGGGGGGUGUGAUGUAGACAACCUAUCCUAAUGCAAGCACUAG